AAUGGCACUUGUGGGAUUUUCCUUCAAAACAAUGACCAUUUUCUCAUAUCAGUAUUUAACAAUUCUGGAUCUUCUCUCAUGUUUUUACUUUCCUUUGACAUCUAUCGUCUUCGUCCCCCCAAUCUUACCAAUAAAUUCCCUCACUUUUUCUCUCUCCUUUCUCUCUCUACUGACUGUAGCAUACAGAAGAGCACUCUUUUUUAGACUUCUAUCACCACAAAACACACCCUUCUCUCUCUCUCUCUCUCUCACAAAACAAGAAAAUAACGCUACCCAUUUCUUGUUCUCACAGAAAAGAGACUACCCAGUACGUUUCAAUUCAAUUCUCUAAAGAGAAAGAGAAUAAUAGAAACUUUUAAGUAAUAUCUUCAAUGGCUGAUGCAGCAGCCUCAAAGCAGCAGCACCUCUCAAUCCAUGGAGGAAAUGUUAUAUCAGAUUUGAAGAGUUUAUUUUCUAUUGUUAAGACUAGGAGAACAGUUGCUUUUGCUUAUGGGUUUAUGUUUGCUUUUGUUGCUUUUACUGUUUUUUUAGCUUUCAAUCCUUCUCCAAAUACAUCCGCUCCUUGGUUCACUAAUAUCUUCACUACUAGCACUAGUACUUCUUCUUCUGAUUCUUAUAGAUCCAUUUUCUCUUACUUGUUGCCUAACAGCACUACAUCUGCCACACAACAAAACAAUACCAGAUCUAAAGACCCAUCUACUGUACAAAAUCAAACUCAAAUUGCAGCUGAUUCUGUUAAACCUGCUGUUUUGCAUGCAAAUCAGUCUACAAAUGCUUCAACCGUAAAUACAGUACCACUAGGCUCAAGUAAUCUUACCCAAAAUACAGGGAAUUUAAGUAAAGAUCAAGCCUUGAAGCCAAAUCACACAUCAAUUCAAGCACCCAUUAGUCCUGUUACAGCAAAUCAGAAUGCAAAUUCAUCUCCAAACUCUGCUCCGCCGUCACCGACAAACCAGAAAGCAAAUUCGUCUACAAAUUCUGUUUCACCGACACCAACAAAUCAAGGUGUAAAUACAUCUAUAAACUCUGUCUCUUCGGGGAAAGGAGAUUUCGGGAAGCAAGAAGGAAGAGUAGCAGCGAAGGAGGCAUCAAAUUACACAGCUUCACUGUCAAAGAAACAGAGCAGUGGAAUGGAUGAUUUGGUUAAGAGCAUGUUGAGUUGUGAUUUGUUUGAUGGAGAAUGGGUGAAGGAUGAUUCAUAUCCACUGUACAAGCCUGGUUCUUGUUCACUGAUUGAUGAGCAGUUUAAUUGUAUUCUUAAUGGUAGACCUGAUAAAGAUUACCAGAAGUAUAAAUGGAAGCCUAAGGGCUGCACUAUACCAAGGUUAAAUCCUGCCAAUAUGUUGGAUAUGUUGAAAGGAAAGCGACUUGUUUUUGUGGGUGAUUCCCUCAAUAGGAAUAUGUGGGAAUCUCUAGUUUGUAUGCUAAAGGGUUCAGUGAAAGAUAAGAGUAAGGUUUUUGAAGCCAAUGGAAGACAUCAUUUUAGAGGGGAAGCUUCAUACUCUUUCAUAUUCAAAGAUUAUAACUUCACCGUAGAGUUCUUUGUAUCUCCAUUCUUAGUUCAAGAAUGGGAAGUGGCUGAUAAAAAUGGAAAGAAAAAGGAGACUCUUCGGCUUGAUUUAGUAGGGAGUUUGUCCGAUCAAUAUAAAGGUGCAGAUAUCAUCGUCUUCAACACAGGACACUGGUGGACUCAUGAGAAAACUUCUAAAGGGAAAUCUUAUUACCAAGAAGGGACUCAUGUAUAUGAUGAACUGAAUGUUCUUGAGGCAUUUCGAAAAGCCUUAACUACUUGGGCCAGGUGGGUUGAUUCCCAUGUAAACCCAGCGAAGUCUCUGGUCUUCUUCAGAGGAUAUUCUGCUUCCCAUUUCAGUGGUGGGCAAUGGAAUUCUGGUGGGGCGUGUGAUAAUGAAGUUGAGCCGAUCCAGAACUCCACAUAUCUACAGGAGUAUCCGUCCAAGAUGGUGGUGCUGGAGAAGGUGCUUAGAGGCAUGAAGACCCAUGUCACGUACCUAAAUGUCACCCAGAUGACAGAUUACCGGAAAGAUGGUCAUCCUUCAAUUUAUAGGAAGCAGAACGUUCCAGCUGAGGAAAGAAAAUCACCGCUACGAUACCAAGACUGCAGCCACUGGUGUCUUCCGGGCGUGCCGGAUGCCUGGAAUGAAAUUCUUUACGCCGAGCUCUUAAUAAAUGAGUACCAAAAGCGACAAGUGCAGAAAAGACACAGGUAAAUAUGAGGCCAUGCCAAAUUUUAGAUGGUGCAGGUGAAAUAUUAAAGCUGAAAUCAAACGUGAAUAGGCAUUAGAUUCUAUUUUUUUUUUUCUUCUAUCUUUCAAUUUUGGGUUACUAUAGAAAAAAACAAACAACACGGGGAAGAUCCAAGAAAUAGUGCCUCUCUAAACUCUAUCUAGAGCAGCAACAAGAAAGAUGAAUAUCUGUGUUAUAGUAAUAAUGACAUCUUAUUUAUUAUCACAUCUACGGAAGAAGAAAAGAAAAGAUUAAAAAAGAAGAAGAAUAAGAGUGGAGCCUUUCCCUCUGCCUCUCUCUCUGUGUUUCUUUAUAUAUUCUUUGAGCCUCAAAUUAUGGCUUUUUGAGUAAUGUAAAUCCAUAAUUGUUUAGUUUGUUUCUUGAAUAAAAAAAGGAAGAAAGUGGGCUGUAAUUAUUUGUUCU